AUGGGGAAGCUUAUUAGCGAUGAGAGUGGGAUUGAAGCUACACGAGACCUUAGGAAAUAUCUUGGCAUGCCGGUCCUUCAAAAGAGAAUUAAUAAGGAUACCUUCCGAGAGGUCUUGGAGAAAGUGUCAUCGCGAUUGGCAGGUGGGAAGAGCCAGAUAUUAAGCUUUGCAGGGAGGAUUACUUUGAAGAAAGCUGUACUCUCAUCCAUCCCGGUACAUACGAUGAGUUCGAUAAUGCUUCCGCAGUCAACGCUGGCGAGUUUAGACAAGACAUCUCGAGCUUUCCUGUGGGGAGACACAAAUGAGAAACGGAGACAACACCUUUUAGCAUGGGAUAAUGUCUGUCUACCGAAAGAGAAUGGUGGCCUAGGAAUCCGCAAGGCGCAAAAUAUGAAUAUCGCUCUCAUUGCAAAACUCAGUUGGCGAGUAAUACAUGAAGAGAAGGCACUUUGGGCAAGAGUGAUGCGAAGUAAGUACAAGGUGAAGGAAAUCAGGGAUGAUGCUUGGUUAAAAACAAAGGGGAACUGGUCCUCGACAUGGCGCAGCGUUCUAAAAGGGAUGAGAAAUAUAGUGAUUCCGGGGUUGAGUUGGGUGGUUGGCAGUGGCAGGAGUGUUCGUUUCUGGAAAGACAAGUGGUUGAUGGGCACUCCGCUGAUUGAUUUGAGGAUAGCGGAUAUACCAGAUGACCUAUCAGAAGCAAAAGUUAGCGAUUUGUGGCAGAAUGGUGUGGGAUGGAUGAUGCACCAAAUCGCUCCAUAUAUCUCAGACUCGAUUAGACUAAGACUUGGGGCAAUUGUAGUGGAUGAGAUCACUGGUGCGAAAGAUAGAAUGGCCUGGGGGCAUACACAAAAUGGAGAAUUUUCAGCAAAAUCAGCCCAUAGCUUCUUUACCUAG